GGACCCCAUUGCGGAAGCGGCUCCAGGAAGAGAAGCGAAAAGUCCCGCAGGCCCGGCGCAGCGAGCAGAUUCAAACGGAUUUAACCGGCUGAGUUUAUUAAGCGGUGAAAUAUGUCGAAGAACACGGUGUCGGACCGCUUCAGGAAGGUGGACGUGGACGAAUAUGACGAGAAUAAGUUCGUGGAUGAGGAGGAGGGCGGGGAGAACCAGCUGGGUCCGGACGAGGCUGAAGUGGAUUCGCUGAUCAGACAAGGAAACCUGAUGGGGGCACUGCAGGCCGUGCUGAAGAACCCACCGAUCAACACCAAGAACCAGAACGUGAAGGACCGAGCUGAGGGUCUGGUACUAAAAGUACUCACAGCCUUUAAGAGCAGUGAUAUAGAGAAGGCGGUGCAGUCUCUGGAUAAGAACAAAGUGGACCUCCUGAUGAAGUACAUCUAUAAAGGCUUCGAGCGGCCCUCGGAGAACAGCAGUGCGGUUCUGCUGCAGUGGCACGAAAAGGCUCUCUCAGCAGGCGGCGUGGGCUCCAUCGUCCGUGUGCUCACGGCCAGGAAAACCGUUUAAACCCUCCUCACCCAGGCACCGGGAUUGGCAGGCACAACCCCAGGCAGCGUCUGGCACCCACCUACACUGCUAGACUGGAAGUCCUCCACAUCGCUCACUUUCUCUCUCUUUCUUCUCCCUUUUUAUAUUGCUUCUGUUCUGGGUUUCUUGCCGAGAUGACAAACCACCGCUGCUCAGCCCACUGCGGUGGUCGUGUUCAGUGGACAGCUGUUUUUUUGACAUGUCCACAGAGGAAACUGUCUCUAACCCAGUGGACUGUUGAGGUGGCUUUAGGUUUAUUAUUAUUAUUAUUAUACAGUAGAAUGUAUGUGUUAUAGGCAUGACUGUGGACUGUCCUUUUUUUUUUUUUGAAACAGUGUCAUGUACAGUGAUGUACUAUACAUUCUCUUUACUCCUCAACCUGAUCAGCUUACAUUGGGUCACUUUUUCUCUUUUUAUAUUCUCAAAUCUGCAGGGCAACUUCAUCCAAAAGCUUUAAAUUAGUGAUUUCUCUCAUUCUCAUGAUGCACCCCUUGGUGGUCCUUGGACCUAUACAGAGUGGGGGCCAGUGGUCUGUUGGGUGUCUAUGAUGGCACGUUGUCACAAAAAAAAUUGGUGAAAAAGUAACUGACUUAUUAAAAGCGAUAUAAAAUGUUUUUAGACAGUUAACAACAUUAAUACAACUUUUAAUAAUGCAAUAUUUUUCCGUUUCCUCUAGAAAAACCUGACCUUUCACAGUAAUAUUCUGCGGAUAUUUCAUGUUUACUGAUACACGUCUCACUUUGCAAGAGUCGGCCCCCACAAAUCACAUUUUCCAAAAAUGACAUUUCAACUUUGUGGCUUCAUGCUUUUUAAUUAUGAACAGGUGGGCGUGGAAGUGGAAAAGACUGAGAACCUCAACGGUUCUUUAACGGCCUACGGUUGCCUUUUUCUGUUCCCUGUCUGCCACAGUCUGUAUGUACCGUCAGUUAUCAGUGACAAUUUUUUGUUUCCCGUAUUAAAAAAAAAGAAAAAGGGAAAAAAAAAGAAUCACAAAGUCAGACUAACUUUAACUUAAUUAAACUGGCCAAUAGUUUCUAUUAGAAAAUGAGUUUUAAUUUAAAGGGAAAUGUAUCAGAUUUCUGUACUAAUUGGCCAUCAGCAGAUAGAAAUUAGAGGAAAAGCACUGAAUGAUUCCUUUAUGCUGCAUCUGAAUGAGGGAAACCCUAGACUGUGCUGUGUUGUGGCCCUGCAGAUUCCAAUAAGAGCUUUAUGUCUUUGUUCUGUGCUGAAUAGCUUGUUAUGGGGCCCUGCUGGUCACAUCCUGUACAAAUAAAAUUAUACGUUGGAACAAGAUUGUAAUCCGUGGCCACGACUUAGUGAGGCGAGGGAACGAGCUACAUCAUGCCCACGACUUAGUAAGGCAUGGGAACAAGAUCAUGCCUUUUUAAGCUAUGGUCCCACGUCUUCCCAAGUCAUUGCUAAGGCGUUAUUUUAUUUAUAGAGGAUGUCACCAGCAGGGCUCCGUAGCUUAUAGACAUUCAUAACACAUUCCAGAUCUCCAUCACAGGUGCUACACUUGGUGUAGUGUUCAUUCUGCCUUAGCACUUCUUUCUGUUGGACAGUGCCCAUCUUCCGAGGAACAUUACCUCAGCCUUCUGCCGUACUGUCUGCCAUAUCUGGGCUUUGCUGACCACUUUUUUUCCCCCCUCUUCUUCAGACCAAGGUUUUGCUUAGCUACCUUCAAAGCAACUGCCUGACUCACUGUCCACUUUAUUAGAAACACCUGCUUGUACUUAUGCUCACUGACCACUUUGUGAGCUCCACCUACCAUCUAGGUCCCCUAUAUAGGUGUACUAGUAAAGAAUGUAGUCCCCCCCCCCUUAUUCAUCAUUGCUCAGUUUCUGACCACAGGAGCACUGUUGACCAGAUACUGUUGUGGUGAACCAUUUUUAGCACAUGGCAGAGUGCGGUGGUGUUUUUGAACACAUCAGUGUUGCUGCUGAGUUGAGUGAUCUGCCACCCAAAUAUCCAGCCACAAUUGAUGAAGGGCCAGAGCAGUGGUCACCAACCCUGGUUCUCCAGAUGAUCUUUGCUGCUGGAUCUAAGUCCAACUACACUUGUUGCAGCUAAUGAACAACUUCAGAAGGCCUUGUUUGGCUAGAUGGGCUGGUAUGAACUAACCUCUUUAGGAAUGUAGAUCUCCUGGAGGAGGGCUAGUGACCACUGGGCUAGAUGGUCACCAACACAAACAGCUAAGUACACCAGUAAGGUGGAGAUAGAAGGGAAGGGUUUCUAAUAAACUGGCAGGGAAGCAUACGGCAUUCUCAUCCUGCUUCUACAAACUCGAAGAAAAAAGGGAACGCUCUCCUUGUGUUAUGCUGCCAAAAAUGAUUUGAUUAUAUCUAAGGAUUUUGAUUUUGUACUGUUUUUGCGUUUUAAGGUCUGUUAUCUAGAACCCAGGUUAAGCCUCAAUAUAGACUAGAAAGGCUUUUCAGUGUUAAAGCACCAUUGAGGUCACAGUUUAGGCAGAGAACUUAUAGAGAGGAGAAUUCUUGCUCUGUAAUGUCUUCUGGGUUUCUCAGACGCUAGAGGGCGCUCCCGAGCAAGUCCAAAAUGAAUGGGUUAAUAUGGAGCAUUUGAGUAAUAUAAUAGUAGAAUUUCCUGAACAGUGAAUAUCAUAAAACAUUAACACCGCUGUAAUAUUUUUAAGAGCUUUUAAGCUCGAAUUAUAGGACUGUAAAACAGCACCUCAUGUAUGUUCAUGACAUCAGUGAGCAUGAACAGCCAAUGAGCUGCUCCGCUCGCCCAUCAAUCAGCACUCAGUAGCAGUAACACCAGCCUUCUGCUGCCUAAAACCAGUUUGCUGUAGAAAAAAUGAAAAGUAGAAGUAAAAGUAUUUUAGUGAAAUGCAUCCUUCUACUCUAAAAUGAAAGGAAAGUUCUGGGCGAGUGAUUAGAAACUAUUGAAACUGUUUUUAGCCGUUGAGCUCCAUUCACUCCCAUUCAUUGAGGACUCACUCAUGGACACCCUCUGCAAUUUAGCAGUCUUGUUUUUGAUAUAACAGGGGAAAUAGGAAGGGGCCAGAAUCCUCAUAAACCAGCUCUGGUUUAGGCUUAAUCUGGCCUGGAAACGGUUCCUUCAUGUUCAGAAUUGCUGGUCUAGGCAAAGUUUUUGUUCGUCAGGAUUGGAAAGACAAACUGAUCUAAGGCCAGCACUCAUUUUUUGAUUAAGUGAGGCCUCCAAGCAUUGUGCUGAAUGACCACGACUUUCCGUAUAUAUUGACUUUCAAAGGCAGUCUGUUCUCAAGACUGGUCAGCCUUGAACAUUUAAGUUCAGGUUGCUCAAAAUUGGCCACUGUUUCAAGCGUAGUAGCCUUAGUAGCCAUCAAACAGGCCUAUUUCACACAGAAUGAGCAGUUUUCCUUCACCUGCUGCACUGAAUGCUGUAGCUGACCUGGGUUUGUAUGUCAGUGGCGUUUCUCACAGCCUCUCUGUGGCCCACCAAACAAGCCAUACUUGAUUUAACUGACCACGGUGGCCACAGCCGAGUGAUUGUCCGUUUCGGAGAGUUUGCGGCGAUGUGCAUAUCACUCAUUUGAUUAAGUGCAAAUAUACGGAACCACGGGCCGUAUUUCAGAAAAUUCCUAGCUUUUUGUCUUAAGAUCUGACAGGGCAAGAUGAGAUCUUUCACAAAUUCAUAUUACAGAAGCAAAUCUGAUCUUAAUUUAAAAUCUUAUCUUACAGCAUCUUUUCUUAUCUCAAGUUAGGAAAUCUUAACUUUCUUGAUUUACGUCGCCAGUCAACUGUCAUGUCUGUUACCUAGCAACUGACCACAGGCGCACAGCUGAAACAAACACAAUCAGGUUAGCCAGAGAACUUGUAGAGAGGAGAAUUCUGCCGAGUUUCUUGGACGCUAGGGGGCGCUCCCGAGUCCAAAAUGAAAGUGUUGAUAUGAAGCGGUUGAGUAAAAUCAGUUUUUAAAUACAUUUAUUUCCUGUACACAGAGCAGCAUAAGACACUUUAACACUGCUGUUAUAUUUUUAAGCGCUUUUAAACUUCGUUAUAGGAGCCUAAUUAUACCUUUAUGAUGUCAGUGAUCACAAACAUCCAGUGAGCUGCUUUGCUCGCCAAUCAUGUUUAUCAGUUGCCGCUCCACAGUUUCAGUCUCCAUUCCCCAAACGCUUAGCUUUGAGCACGCUAACGUUACUCCUCCUAAUAAACAGACUCCGUUCAGCUCCUCAUUAUUCACCACCAUCACUGUAAUAUUGUAUCUGACGAGUUUUUAAUCAACCUUAACACAUUGAGGUGAUAAGAGGGGACGGUGACUGCAGCGUCUGGGGUUUUUUAACACUUCUAUAAAUAAAAGUGUUCAUAAGUCAAGGCCCCUUUUUCAGUGUAGAUAAAUGCAGCGUUGUUAUGCUGGUUAUAGUGAACUGUGCUGCCUUUCACUGCAUUAAACGAUAGAAACAGACGGUUAUAACAGAAGACAAGACAGUUCUGGGGUUUAUCUUGAAAUAUUUAGGAUAUUUUGGCAACUUAGGAUGUUUCUGUAACACCGUUUUCUUAUCUGGAAAUAAGAUUAUAGACUUAAUACCUUGCUCUGUAAGGUCUUAAGCCAUGACAACAAAGCAGAUCUCAGACUUACGAAUCUCCUGUAAUACGGCCCCAGUUCACCAACUGCCUUAUGAAAUAUUCCUUUUAUAAUGUGUGGUCCAUUUGGAAGCAAUAAAAAAAAAAAAAAAAAAAAAA